UGACAUCGGCAACACUGCAUUUGAAUGUGUACAAAUUUAAAAUUAUUUUUAGGUUAAGUUUAGAAUUUUAAAAUAGGAAAUGGAAAUGCUACUAUUUAAAAUUAAAAAAUAAUUACUAUGAUUAAAAACAUUUUACAAAAUGGACAAGUUACUUCACACAAAUAUAAAAACAGUUUCAAGAUUACUAUUUGAUGGGGCCGUAAAACCAACAGAAUUAUUAAACUUAGCCCUAAAAAAGAUUGAGGAAACCAAACAUUUAAAUGCUUUUAUAUCUGUUACCUCAGAACAAGCAAAACUUCAAGCCAAUGAAUCAGAAAGGAGGCAUAAAGAGAAAAAACCUUUAUCAGAGUUAGAUGGUGUUGUGAUAGCCGUAAAAGACAACUUCUGCACAGAAGGUAUAAAUACAACAUGUGCCUCGAAUAUGCUAGAAAAUUUUGUACCGUCAUAUAAUGCUACAGUCUGCCAAAGACUUUUCAAUGCUGGGGCAAUUUUGAUAGGAAAAACCAAUUUAGAUCAAUUUGCCAUGGGUUCUGCUACUAUAGAUUCCAUACAUGGGUCAACGAAAAAUAUAUGGAAAUUAACUAAUGACGAUUUUUAUAUUGCUGGUGGCAGUAGCGGAGGGAGUGCAGUUGCUGUAGCUGCUGGUACUUGUUUUGCAGCUUUAGGUUCAGAUACAGGUGGCUCUACAAGAAAUCCAGCUUCUUACUGUGGAAUUGUUGGUUUGAAACCAACUUAUGGAUUGGUCUCACGUGUAGGACUUAUUCCUUUGGUAAACUCAAUGGAUGUGCCAGGAAUUCUGACAAGAACGGUUGAUGAUGCUGUUUCAGUGCUUAAUGUCAUAGCAGGAUAUGAUGAAAAAGAUUCAACAUCACUCACAAGACCUUAUAGAAAAAUAAGGUUACCCCCUGCAUCGAAAAUGAGUAUUAAAGGUCUUAAAAUUGGCAUACCUGUAGAAUAUAAUUCAGAACAUGUCUGUGAUGAAGUAUUAGAUACCUGGAAUGAACUAGCUGUGAUGUUACAAAAUGAAGGUGCUGUUAUUAAAGAGGUUUCCAUGCCAAACACAGAGUACAGCGUUGUUUGCUACCACAUUCUAAACCGUUGUGAAGUUGCAAGCAAUAUGGCUCGAUAUGAUGGCAUUGAAUAUGGAUAUAGAGCAAACGAAGAGUCUUCUACGGAAAAGUUAUAUGCUACGACACGAAAGAUGGGGUUCAAUGAUGUAGUUAAAAAUAGGAUAUUAUCUGGAAACUAUUUUUUAUUAUCUAGAAACUAUGACAAGUACUUUAAUCAAGCACUAAAAACCCGAAGACUGAUUUCAAACGACUUCCACAAUGUCUGGGACGAAGUUAGUUUAUUACUAACACCAACAACAUUAACAGAAGCACCUUCCUACAAAAAUUAUGUAAAGAAUUAUGAUCCCUACAAAAGCGCUUUUGAAGACUUUUGUACACAAGCAGCAAAUAUGGCAGGGGUGCCAGCUGUUUCUAUUCCGAUUAAAUUGUCCAAAAAUGGACUUCCUUUGAGUUUGCAACUAAUGGGAAGGAAUCUUAGCGAACCCAUGCUACUGGCUGUUGCAAAGUAUAUUGAAAACUUAGUCAAAUUUCCUCAUUUUCAGCAUAAGUCCUAGAAGAAUCUUGCGGUGUAUAGUACUGUAGCUGAUCUUAUAAAGAAGUCUUUUUGUAUUUUAAAAUUCAGUAAAAAAAUCCGAAUAAA